AAAAUGGGAAUGCCUCAUUGGGGCGUGGCUUUCCGGGAUGCGGAAGUAGCUUGUGCCAGACAAGACAUAAACAGCGACUUUGAUAUUAGUUCCCUCGGGACAAGAACAAAACAUGGCGCCAAAGAGAAGGGCAGCAUCGUCCACCAAAGCAGGUGGAAAGAAGAUAAAAGAGGAGCCUGAAGCUCCAGUAAAAGACAAGUUCACCUCCGCUAAAGAAGCUCUGAAGGCCACAGGACCACAGGUUAAAGUCACCCGGAAACCAGACUGCUUAUGUCACCUAUCAAAUGCUGAGGUUCAUGAAGAUUAUGAUUGUAUGCUGAACCAGACCAACAUUGGAAAUAACAACAACAAAUUUUAUCUAAUCCAAGUCUUAUUGUCUGGCGGGCAAUAUUAUUGCUGGACAAGAUGGGGCAGAGUAGGAGAAACAGGACAGAACAAUUUAGCUGGACCUUCAAAUGUUGAUGCUGCCAUUAAGAACUUUGAAAAAAAAUUUAAAGACAAAACAAAGAACAACUGGAGCGAUCGGGAUAACUUUGUCUCUCAUGCGGGAAAAUACACUCUGAUUGAGGUGGAAGGAGACCAGGAUGCUGAAGUGAUGGUGGAUGCGGUAGGUAGCGGACCAGUGACCGUAAAAAAGAACAUUCUGCCUUGCACACUGGGCGAUGCGACUCAAAGACUCAUCAAGUUAAUCUUCAACAAUGACAUGUUCAAGGAGGCCAUGGAGAGCAUGAACCUAGACAUUAAGAAGAUGCCGCUGGGGAAGCUGAGUAAGCAUCAGAUUGCUAAAGGCUUUGACGCAUUAGACGAGAUUGCGGAGGCAAUAAAGAAGAAAAGUAAUGAAGGCACGUUAGCAGAGCUUACUUCUAAGUUCUUCACCAUUAUUCCACAUAACUUUGGCCGCAAUAGACCCCCUGUCAUCAAAGAUGAUGACAUCCUUCAGAACAAGAAGGAGAUGCUUCUGGUAUUGGCAGAUAUAGAGAUAGCCCAAAGUCUUAAAGCUGAGUCGGAAAAAGCGAAGGAGGAGAUGAUGGAGACAGUUCCUCAUCCAAUAGACCAGGACUACCAAUCUCUAAAAUGCAACCUCACUCUCAUGGAUAAAAAAUCGAAAGAGUUUAAGAUUAUUGAGAAGUAUUUAAAUGCCACUGGUGAAAGACUCUCCAUAGUGGAUGUAUGGGAAGUGGACAGAGAUAAAGAGGCAGAGCGCUUCACAGACAGUGAUGCUUUGGAGAACAGGAAGCUGCUGUGGCAUGGUACUAACGUGGCCGUGGUGGCAGCCAUUUUGAAAAGUGGUCUACGCAUCAUGCCACACUCUGGUGGUCGGGUGGGAAGGGGGAUUUACUUUGCAUCAGAAAAUGCUAAAUCUGCUGGCUAUGUCCGGACAUCAAAGAAUAUCGGCAUUAUGUUUCUGAAUGAAGUUGCUCUGGGCAAGGAAUACACCAUCACAAGAGAUGACCCAAGCUUAAGGAAAGCUCCUAACGGCCAUGACAGUGUAGUAGCACGUGGGAGACAAGAACCAGAUCCCUCAAAAGACGUCUUCAUUCAGCUGGAUGGGAAGAAAGUGGCUGUGCCACAAGGGAAAGCCAUAAAACAAGAUCAGUACGAAGACAGCAGCUUCUACAACAGUGAGUAUCUCAUUUACAAGGAGAGUCAGUGUCGCAUCCGGUACCUGCUGGAGCUCCGCUUCUAACUUCUGCUGCAAGGGGACUGGCAAAAACGUAUAGAAAACUGCUCCGCUAAAAACACAAGGGUUUAAACUGCACAAAGUUGCUUUUGUGUGUUAUAUUCCUAGUUAACCAAAGUUUAUCAAGAGUCUGAUUUGAUGUUCAACAUAACUUCAUUUGACUUAGUAAUGCCCUCAAUAAAUGAAAUAUUUGUUAAUGAGGUUUACCUGAAAUUCAUGUGUGGAGGUACUGGUAGUUUUUUUUAUUUGCUGACGCAUUUUCAAAUUAUAAACACAUUCUUGUGGACAUUUGGCAGACAUUCUGCUAAGUCUGGUUGUUUUUCUGCCUUUGUUCAAUGCAAAUUUGGAGUGCCUUCCUUUUAUUAAAGAAUCUGUUUGAAUGGUUGUCUGUGAAGCCAUUACAGUACCUCUAAAAUAUCCCAUGUGGAAGUGAUAUAUAAUAUAUAUAAUAUAGUUAGCAAUAUAUAAAGAAGUUUAGUUAAAUUGCGCUGGAAUUUCCAUUUAUUCUGUUAGACUGUUCUGUAUUGGCUUUCUAUCCUAACCUUCAUUCUAACUUUUUUGAAGUUUAAAGUUAUAUUCAUGCUUGUGUUCCUGUGUUUUUUUUUUUGUUUUUUGUUUUUUUUUGGUGAUUUUCAUGUGUUUUUGUCAAGAUUUGGCAAAAUCUUUGGUAAGAUUUCAUGGUACCGCUGUAUCCAUCCAUGCCAACGAAGUCAUGUGCAGUAAGAAAGGGCCUUUAUUCAUCUGGGGGGGAAUUUGGACUGUUAUAUUGCUGUAUGAAAAGCAAAAAAAAAAAAAAUACAUUUAAAGCAUUUAUUUGUAUCAUCAUUAAAAGAGCUACACAAUUGUUUAUUAAUUUACAUUAGUGUUAUUUAUCAAAUCUUUAUAAAUUGAUGACUAAGAUUGGCUUAAUUCUAAGAAAAACAACAUAGCAAAUUAUCAAAUUGUCUUAAGUUGAAUUUUCAAAGUGGUGAGCUGCCUGGGUCUCAUUCAGAAUCCUUCAAAACAUACCAGACAACCCCCCCAAAUAAAAAAAAAAAAAUCAAAAA